AGAUCUAAUUCUAGUACAUUAUAAUCCAGAUCUAGGUUACCCAGAUCUAAGCAUGCAUUUGCAUCUAUCAACAUAAAUAAGUGCUAUUAACCCUAAAGUGUCAUGGAAAGCUCUGUCUCAAAUAUGUCAUCUUUGGGCACCAAGGUAAACAAAGACAGCCUUCCACACAGGUCUGAGUUUGCAGGACAGCAUAGAGAUAGUAGGCCUAUGUUGAAGCAAGGCAUGGAAUGUUGUCUGGUCAGUGCAGAUAGUCUAUCAGCAUUGGAUGUUGACAUCAAGUACGCAAAGUCAAUAACCAAGGAGGAAAAGGAGUACUGGAAAAAACAUUUGCCGAGAGGGUUUCAGUUCUGCUUGAAAGGCUUGGCAAGGAGUGUCAUUUAUCACCAGCCUGAGAAUAUCACAGAGUUUGCAGCUCAUUAUUUCGAAAACAACCUCCAUCUAAGAAAUGCAGAGCUAUCCAAGUUACCAGAACAGUCCUAUUUCUCAAAACUCUGUCAAAAGCCUACAUCAGGAAUUCAACAGAAAGCUAUUAGGAGGCCAGAAAGAAACCCAAGCUCAUCUCAAGCUACUCACACCAUUGCUCAAGAGAAGCACAGCAUUGAUUCGCAGUCAAUUAACCUGCAGCAUGAUAGUCACUCUUUAACAGUCAAGCCAUUUUUGUCAUCACUAGUGGGACUAGAGGAGACACAUGUUAUAGGCAUAGCAGAUGAUAAGGCAAUGGAUUCUGCCGUAGAGGAAAAGGAAACACAGCUGCCGACAUCUUCUCAGAAACAAGACAUGUCAGCCUUGAAGCAAAACUCUGCUAGUUCUCAGAUGCACACUUUAGUAAAAAAGGAAGACACAAUCAGAAUCUGUAGAAAGAGAUUUGAACCAAAUGUUAGUGAAUUAGGUUCAGAGAAAGUACAAGUUCCCACCUUGUCUGAAAACUGCAUUUUUAAAGAAGAAAGAACUCUUGAAACCUCUGCACAAGAAACAUUGAGACACCACUGGACGAGCAGCUUUCCCAGCCAUGAAUUAUCUGACGUGAGGGAAACCAGUGACAUUUAUAUUUCUAGAAGUCAUACUGUUUGUGGAGCAUUGCAUGAAACUAAGUAUUAUCAGAAUGGUCUGACACUUCAAGGCAAGAACUCUGACACUGGUAGCCAGCAAGUGGUCAACAGCAACAUUAGCAAUAAGAAUGCAGAGGGAAUAAAUGAUCAGGCUGACUCCUGCCUUUAG